AUGCUCUUCAACAUCAACCGGUUCCACUUUCUGGUGCUGCUCACUUGGCAGUUCUCCAUUUUCUUCGCCUCCCAACAAAUCUUCCCCAUCUUCUCGAGCUACGUGCCGAAAUGGCGCUGCAACGCAACGCAGCCCUUCGCCAAGGACUGCGAUCUGUUCGAGUCGUGCAAGGAAAAGGUGCAGUUCGAGUACGAGUACUUUCAUUCGGCCGCCCUUGAGUUCGAUUGGAUCUGCGGCAGCAAGUCAUACUUGCGCUCCUUCUUCAGUCAAGUUCAGUUCUUUGGUGUGCUCUUGGGGACCAUUGUCUACGGGAGUUUGAGUGAUUGGCUGGGCAGAAAGCCGAUUGCGGUUACGGCGCUGUCGCUGGGGCUGUUAUUUUCGGUGCUAUCAGGUAAGAAGCGGUCGAUGUGACAAAAAAAACUUUGUUUAUUUUUUGUUAUUUUUUCGAACACAGACUUUGUUUAUAAUGAUCGGAAAAACUGAUUGGAAAAAAGUAGGAGAAUUGAUAAAAAUCGGCAGGAAAUAGACCAAAAGCUUGUCUACAGCAUCUUUUAUAAAUCAUUUCUAAAAGGCACUUUCUACAAUACCGCUUCAGGCUUGGCUCCGACAUGGGAACUGCUUUUGGGCACAAGGUUCUUCAUUGGCCUCUCAAUCGGAGGCACUUUGGUGGUGGUCUGCACAUUCGUGAUGGAGAUGUUGUUGCCGGAGCAAAGAAUGGCCCUAAGGGCCUUCUUUAAUUGGGUACGAUCGCAAAACAUAUGACACAAUUUUAACCCUCAAUUGGCUAUUAAAUCGUAAAUAUUUCGACAUUUUCAGGGGACAGCUCGCUUGAUGGUCACCCUGAUUUGCUGGUGGUUCCCGGACUGGCGGAGCGCCAGCAUCGCGUGUGCGGUGACUGCUCUUCCGGCGCUGCUGAUCGUGAUUUUCAUCUUCCCCGAAAGCCCCACAUGGCUGCAUAAUAAGGGACGGUUGGAGAAAAUGAAGGAGAGCGAGAGGAAAAUCGCUCGAAUCGCCGGCAAAAAGAACGUCGACACGGAGGUCGAGCCGAUCGUGCAUAAAAAGUCUAUCAUGUAAGCAAAGAUUGGAGCAAGACCUAAAAUAUAAAAGGGUAAAAUGGCAAAAAACAUAAAAAAAUUUUCAUUGAGCUUUGAAAAAUUGAGGAGGGUCGCUUCAAGGCCUUGAAGUUUAAAAAUCAUAACAAAAAUUUGGGAGAAUUCCUAGUUAAUCUACAUAUAAGUUUACGUAAAAAUGAUUUGCUAUCCAGAAAAGAGAAAAAAACCGUAUUUUAAAAUUCCAACUAAUUACUUAUGCCAUAACCUCUCAUUUUCAGUGAUCUCUUCAAAGACAUCCACCUCUUCAAACGCGUCGUCGUCUUAUGGGUGAUGUGGUUCACCGCCGCGAUUUGUGGCUACGCGAUUGACUUGAACAGUUCGGACAUUAGUGGGCAUUUGUUUUGGAAUCAAGUCCUCUUUUCCAUUCUUAUCGCUGUGUCCAAAAUCGUAGGUUAUCCCUAAGAUACGAAAAUUUCAUUACUUAUUCUUAGGUUUUGGUUGUAUUCGACACAUCAUUUCCCAAAUUCAGUCGGAGAAAUCUUCAUCAAGGAGCUCAAUUGAUUGUGUGUAUCUGCUUUUUGGCCCUUACUGGAUUAGUCAUUGUUGCUCCACAUGUGAGUUAGUUUUUUGGUGUUUCAUGGCGUUAAGAGAAGUUUUAAAAUACGCCCUGAACUAUUGCAAAAUCUUAGUGUCGCAGGUUGCGGAAGCACCGAGAUUUUUAAAUCCAAAGUAGUCAAAAAUUUACAUCUUUCUUUGAGUGUCGUCAUAAACAUCUCAAGGACUUUUUUUCUAAUUUCUUAUGCUUAUUUCUCAUCUUUUCAGAGUAUCUUUAUCCUGAUCAUCAACUUGAUCGGCACCAUGUUCCUCGAAUACACUUGGGACGCCUGUUAUCUGUGUGGCGUUGAGUCGAUGCCCACGAAUAUGCGCGCCACUUCCAUGGGAUCGUGCUCGUUCAUGGCCAGAAUCGGCGCGAUCCUCGCUCCCGCCCUGGCCUUCCUCAACUCGGUGUGGGCGCCCAGCGCCUAUCUUACGGUCUGCCUGCUGGGCCUGAUCAACCUAAUCAUCAGCUAUUUGUGGCUGGUUGAGACCAAGGGCGUUGUGCUGGACAAGGUGCAGUUGGACGAGAACGCGGCGACACUCAAGGAGGACCACGAGAGCGUGGAGAUGAUACCCAAGGAAACGAGCAAAUAA